AUGGUUGUAGUAGGUGAGUGCGGUUGCGGGAAAGCAAACCAGUUUGACAAGCAUCCGGUCGGUGGUCCCGACGAUUCCAUCGGCAAUGCGGGAUGCGCAGCCAUCCAUGACGAGGAGUAG